CUAAACCUCCAUCUCGCGAAGCCAUCCAUCUCGCCAUCUAUCCUCAUUUUCUCACUUGUCCGCAGCCAACAGCAUCCUGACCAUUGCCUCUCCUUCACCGAUAUACUUUUGUUUUACAGGAACCGAGAGAGGUUCUGCUGCUGCGUCGUUGUCAAGCUCUUGAAAAAUUGCGGCCUGGAAUUGCUGGAGUUGGUCGGGUUUCUGCUUUCGCUGACUCGAAUUCGGAGCUCUUCGUCUUCUGGUCGUUUGUCUGCACGGUCGAUUUCUGUCGAUUUCUCGCACCUUCAAUCCAUCCGGACCACCGAUUCCUCAUUUCCCUUCAUCCCAACCCAAUCCUUCGCUGAUUGUCCGAUUGACCAUGGCGACCGCUGCUCCGCCAUCUCCAAAGCUCGACCGCUACGUGAUCAUCCACGUGGCCACGACCUGCGACGAACACGGGGUUUAUGUGACCAAAGAUUCGGCAGAAGUCAUUGAGCUGGGAUGGAUUUUGCUGGACAGUAAGACUUGUGACGAGAUCUAUCGAGAGAGCGUCCUGGUCAAGCCAGUAAACACCCCCAUCACACCGCUUUGCACCAGCCUCACCACUUUGACCUGGGAGCAUGUUCGCAAUGCCGGCUCCUUCCGCGACGCCGUGACUCGUUUCGACCAUUUUGCCCAAGAGCAUUUGACAUCCAAGAACCUGGAGUUCUCCUUUGUGACACUGGAUGCGUGGGACCUGCGUGUUCAGUUGCCCCGCGAGGCUCGCGACAAGGCCGUCGUCCUACCGGCUUACCUGCAACACUCGCGGACUUUUGAUCUGCGCUCAGAGUACGCCCGUUGGCAACAGCACCAUCCCGAGUCCCUGCCCUUCGGCCCCAGCUCUUUAGCAAACAUUUGUGCUGCUCUCGAGGUGGAGCCUGUGCAAUCUUCGGCUCCAAUCAAGCAUAAUUUGCCCUUCCACCUACAGGCUCUUGCUCCUGCCUCCCCUCGUCGGGCAAUGGAGGAAGCCGUCACUCUGGCCAGGGUCCUGCGAGGCCUCAUCCGGAAGUCACAGCCCGCGCAUGAACAUCCGGAUGUCUUGACUCGCCCAAUGGAUGCCCGAGCCGAUGUCAAUGCCUUUUUGAAAGAACGGAGCAAAGUCCUGCACAUGAACGGCCUGCCGCACGACACGACCCAGUCGGAACUCGAAAGCUGGUUUACUCAAUUUGGUGGAAGACCCAUUGCUUUCUGGACUCUUCGUACUCCAGACCAGCAUAAGCCUACAGGCUCCGGGUUUGCCGUCUUCUCUUCACACGAAGAGGCCGCUGAAAGUCUCUGUAUGAACGGACGCGCUCUCAACGAAAAGGCCAUCGAGGUCUCGCCUUCAUCAAGUCGAGUCCUCGAUCGUGCCGCCGAUAUCCUGACGCCUUUCCCUCCAAGCAAAAACCGACCAAGGCCAGGUGACUGGAACUGUCCCUCUUGUGGAUUUUCCAACUUCCAACGCCGGACUGCGUGCUUCCGCUGUUCCUUCCCUGCUGCAGGCUCGGGUGGUGGGGGUGAUCCUUACGGCGGCUACAAUGCUUACGGCUACGCACCACCUCAUAUGAUGGGGCAUCAUCCUCACAUGGGUCAUCACGGACAUGGCAUGGGACAUCAUGGACAUGGACGAGGUGGAGCUGGCCCAGUCCCCUUCCGAGCUGGAGACUGGCGAUGCGGUGCAGAGGGUUGCCAAUAUCACAACUUCGCCAAAAACGUCAACUGCCUGCGUUGCGGAGCUCCUCGCUCGGGUGCUGCCAUUGUUGUCGACUCCUCCUAUCCGUCACCAAUGGGCCCUCCCUCGGAAUUCGGUAUGGGACCAGGCUCGAUGGCUAGCACUCCAGGCCCUGCACCGUACGGUGCUGGUGCAGCUGCUUUCGGUUCAGGAGCUGCAUUUGCUCCUCAACCACCAAGUCACUAUGGCCUGCCUUCGGGUAUGGGUGGUCCAGGAGCUGGCUUCCCCCAAAUGGGCGGCAUGACUCCUGGUUACGCCUCCAGCAACAUGUCUCACUCCUCCUUCGGUCCUGCAGCCCAAGCUGCCUUCAGUGGUGCCGCCGACAACACUCCAGGCAGUAUGCCUCCUCAGAACGGCUUCUACGGCAACGAGCAAGGUGCAGACCCAUUCGCAUUCCUCUCUGCCGGUCUCAACAAUCUGAGUAUGGGUGAUGAGAACCAGCCACCUCGUCGCAACGGUGGCCCGCAGGCUGCGAAGAGUCCUGCUUAAACCAGUCAAAAUCCGAACUUUGCCCUCUGUCAUGGCGUUCUUGAUUCGAUAACGACUUCGACGACACGAUUCAUGCUCAGCAACUGGUGUUCGCUUCUUUGAUCAUUUCAUGUACUUGACUCUUGCAGGUUCAUGCACAUGUGUUUCCCUAUUUUGUAUCGUGAAUAUUGGCGGGCGGUGCUAGAGGUUAGCUUGGGGGCUGGGGAUUCUUGAUGGAAAUGGCACAUGGAACAUUCUUUGCAUAUGAUGGACGGGAACGACCUAGACACUUGGCUUUGUUUUCUUCUGUCGAAGUGACCGCGCGCCUCGAGCUAUCCACAAAAGCUGGUGGGUGAAAACAAGGAGCAUCAAGGCCUAGACAAAUACUGGGUACAGGGGCAAGGCUAGGAAUAUGGAGCGCCGUGUCUGCCAUGUCUGUGUGUCUGUGAGCUAUUGCCAGCAUAGCGAUGGAGAGGAGUCAACAAAUACUUGAACUAUGGACAAAUGGGAUAUUCGAGGGAGCAUGGAUAUGGAUGGAUCCAGCAUUGUUACACAAGUGCUGGUGUGUAGAUGAACGACAUUGUGUCAGAAGGAUGUGUGAGAUUGUGAACAGAGAAAAGCAAUGGCAACGACAAGGACUGACAUCCGUAAAUGAAUGGCACGGGAAAAUUGCAAAAGUGACUGAAGUUGUUGAGCGUUUUAUCAGAUUGGUAGUAUCAUGUACGAAACAAAAUUCUAUUUAUUCGCUAUCA